GUGACAGGAAAUCUGUACGUACGUCACAGGAGUGCAUGUUUUCGUAGUAUAUUUCAUUGAAUUUAUGUAAAGAAUAUAAAUAGUCACCAAUUUCUUAACAGUUGUGUAGUAUUUCGGGUACAAAAGUGUACUGUGUGUUUAUAUAGCUAAAAGAUGAGUAAUUUGUUAAAUUGCUAUAAGUACCAUACGUUACAAAAUCUGUUUAUAAUCACCUUGUUUACUCCACACUUCUCGUAAUUGCAUUGUUACUUUACAUUUGUGGACAUGGAAGUGAAUCCUUUGAAUAUAUUUUUCGUGAAAUCGGACAGUAAAGGUGACAGGUUACUGUUCCGAUACCCAUAUACAACUGAAAACAAGGAUGAAAGCAAACAGAAGAAAUAUGGUCGACACAAUCCCUACGCCAUUAAUUCUACUGAGGACUUGUUGCAAAAUACCCAGUCGCAGACGUCAAAUAUCUGUAAAGGUCAGCUAAGUGGCUUUACAGAUGAAAUGCUAUCAACCCUGUUUGCGGUCAAAGCAGAGCUGUGCAACAGGAAGUUUGAACUCAAAGUCAAUGAUGUACGGUUCGUGGGACACCCAACCCUGCUGCCGUACAGGACUAAUAAAGAUGAUACCGCCACUAUGAUCCUUAUAAACAUUGUGUUUGCCCUCCAGGCUUCUGCGAGCCAUUCUGUUGUGAAAUGUUAUUACGAUUUGAGCAAAAGACUGGGAAAAGCACUGAGACAUGAAGAAAAAAGGUGCUCAUAUUUGACUGAAGAAAUGAAAAUAAUGCUGGCAGCUCACGAUGAAGUAUCAGUGUUGGACAGUGAAAUGAAUGGCGACAAUGAUGACGAGGAAGACAAUCUCCGUCACUCGGUUAGUUCUGCUACCUACAGUAGUGAGAAUGGCACGGACACCACUCCUAAGUCAGCAUUCCACCUUAUAUUACAACGGAGCUCGCUGGCGAGAUCUAUGAAGUCCGUGUUUGAAGAACUGAGUAGUACUGGCAUAGUGCAAGUUCGGAUAAACAAAUGGGUGCUACUGUCUUUCUGCUUGCCACACAAAGCUCAUCAAAUACACAACAGGGGACUGAUCAUAGAGCCCGAAACUAUUGAUAAAUGCUUGCAGAAACUAAGGCCUUACCAUGGAAUAUUGCUUAUGGUGAACCCAAAUGAAUUGCUAGCUUCAAUCCCACUGGAUAGCAGCUCAGCCCUCCUAAGACUGAUAAAAUUAUAUAGCCCACUGAAGAGUUUGCAAACACUCGCUAUUGAAGCUGAUCUGACACUCAAACAGGUGUCCCAAUUAACAGGUCACCUUGUAUACUGGGCGAAGGCGACAGUGAUCUACCCUCUUUGCGAAAGUAAUGUGUAUGUGGUAGCGCCCGGCGCCAACGUUCACAUAAACUCGCCUCUGGUUGAAGAGUUCGCUAAGGAGUUCCCGGGACUGUGCUUAUUGCAGAUGCUAAGCGACUUCUCCCUCCCCGCGCCUCUAUGGUACGUGUCCCGUAACGGUUGCGGCGGCGGCGGCGGCGGGCGGCUCGCGCGGUGCGUGGCGUGGCUGCUGCGGCGCCGGCUGCUGCUGCAGCUACAUACCUACGUGCAGUUCAACUCGCCGCACUGGGGACGGGACCCGGAUGGAAAAGAAUACUACUGCGAAAAACACGACGUAUUCAACCAGUCUUGCAGUGUGUCCUUCUCCUCUCUCAACCAGAUGCAGCUAAACGUGCCCGAACCAGUCGAACCUAGAGAAACCAUCAACACCUUCCCUGAUUCUGACGAAGAUUAUCCCACGGAGAACAAUUUAAACCAAACAGACUUUUCACACACAAAGCCUAUAGUCAUAGAAUCCGAACAUACGAAAUUCGAUAAGUUCAGAGAAGCUGACUCCGCUAACCACUCUUUUGACGAUGGCAUAGACGUUGUAGACGGAAUAAAACCCAUUACGAAUGGUUGUGAUUACGAUACCAAAGCUGAAAAAGUACAGAAGAAAAUCCAAGGCAAUUCCGUUGAUAGUGGCAUUUCCAGUAACAUGAACGGUAAUGGAACUUUGAGCGGUGUGAAUGGGAACGGAGAAAUAAUAGAAAAUGGACACACGGAUAUUGUGAAAACGGAAUUAUUGUCUAACUUGUCCCUUGAUAAAUCAGAUUCAGAUAAGAAAAGUCUGCCUUCGAGAUUGUCGGAUUUAUCUCUGAAGGAUAGUGAAGCGACUCUAAAUAAAGAUACGAGUAGUGAUGAGGAUAGAUUCGAGAGCGAUCAGGAUAUAUCGCCGAGGUUGAAAAUUAAUGGAAUGAUGAAUGGAACUGAAAAGAAGAAUGGUGUCUCAUUGAAUUUGAAAUUGCAGAGUGAGAUGAGUUUCCAACCACCUACAGUCUGGAACAUGCCAGCGAGCUGCGACGUGGUCGAUGCAUGUCGUAUACCAAACGAGCCUCCAACGACCGAAUCUUUGUUAGACACCUUCACUUCGGAAGAAAGGGCUGCUUUAGCGACCGUACCCGCUUCUAAGAACACUGAUGAUCUCUUGUUGUUGGCACAGCUGCAUAAAAAAGGCUACUUCCGCGGUGAACAGCAUUUAGAAGAGAUCAUGUUUAUGGAGAACGUUAGCCGGUCACAGCUGAUGCAGCUUCUAGACAAAUUCAAAGACGUUCUCAUUACCUUCGAGACGGAAGACCCAGCCGUCGCCAUGUUAUACCCCUACCAAUAAAUCUCAUUCUUAAGUCUUGCUUUAACAAAAUACACAAAAAUAUAUAAUACAACCUGUAUUUAAUGGCCUUUGUAAAUGUCAUAGAUUAAGAAUCGAUAUUUGAAACUUUUUGGGACAGGAUUUAGAACAGAAUUUGCAAAGGUUUGAUACGUUUUGUCUAUGAUGAGUGAGUCCCGCGCUUUAUUUCAAUAUUUUUUCUGUGUACUGUUAUAGCUUUGAUAUAUUGAACGAUAUAUAGUGCCUUCUCCCUGUAAUUUUCUGAUUGUAUAAGAGCAUUAAACACAGCUGAUUUUAAUACACUGUCCACCAUUUAACUACUUUUAUUCAAUAAAGGAGGAAUAAAUAAAUAUCGGCCUAUGUUCAGCAGUGGACGUCCUAUGGCUGAGAUGAUGAUGAUGAUGAUUAAAUAAAUAUCGUACAUUGGAUGCUUGAUGCUUCCAAAGUUUUUAAACUGUAAACUUAUGUCGUGCAACUAUAUAGUUCUUUAUACAUUCAUGGAAUGCACGGCGUGGAGUCGUGAUUUCUGCAUUUUUUUUUGUGAUUACAUCGAUCCUAUAAUCAUUGAAAACUGCCUACUUUUUAACUAUAUUUUCAUUCAAUUUAAAUGAUUACAUAAACUCUAAUUGUAUGGCUACAAACUAUUUAUUGCCUAACCCAACCAUAAGAUAUUUAGGUAAAUGCUCUCUAAAUAAGACACAAAAUUACAUAUUGCUUUGGACAUUCUGUAAUCUUUUAAAAUCCUGGGUACGAUUGGCAUCUACAAAGCUCAAAAAAGGCUGUUCCUAAAAAAUACCUAGGUACUUAUUUAUAGUAUGUAUAUUGGUAGUGUAAAUUAUUUAUGUUUAGAAAUUAUUAUUUUUUACGACAUCAACUACUGAUUAUUUUAGAUUUGCUUAAAUAGGUGCUAGAAUAAAGACCUGAUUGCACUAUGUUUAAUAAUAUUGUAAUAAUACACAACAUCUA